CAGACACGAAGGUGUGUUGAAGUGUCACAAGCGCGUCUCAGCUGUGUUUAAACUUUACUAAGGACGAAACGACCUAGACUCAUUUGACGCUCAUAGAGAAGCUCUAUCUUGCGGACCUGAUGGGACAGAUGGGAGUAAGGAUGCUUCACAGGAGUCUGCUGCAGGCUGCGUGGCUGUGUUGUCUGUUGGCUGUUCAGGUGCACAGCUGUCCAGAUGCCUGCAGUAAGUGUUCAAGCCCCAAAAACAACCAGUGUAAGGAGUGCAGAGCGGGAUGGAUACUUCAUAAUAACACCUGUGUAGAUGUUGAUGAGUGCGGCACUGAGCUGGGAAUCUGUCCUACCAACACCUACUGCUUCAAUACUGAUGGGUCCUUUGAAUGCAGAGACUGUGACUCAGCCUGUGUGGGCUGUAUGGGUAGCGGACCAGCACGCUGCAGGAAAUGUGCCUCUGGGUACACACUGACAGGGCCCAAGUGUUUGGACAUAGAUGAAUGUAGUGACAGGGUGCUCGCCUGUCACGGUCUGGAUGAGAUCUGUACCAACACAGAGGGCUCUUUCCGCUGCGACUGUGCUGAAGGAUUCAUCCGUAGGGGCGGUGUCUGUGUGAGGAAGCAGCAGCCUCGCGUUUCUCCUGUGCAGGAGAAAGGUCUGUUUGAGGAUAUCCAGGACGACGAGGUGGAGGUGCUGCAGCAGAUGCUCUUCGGGGUGGUGCUGUGCGCUCUGGCCACACUGGCUGCAAAGGGAGAUAUGGUCUACACAUCUGUAUUCAUGGGAGCAGUGGCAGCCAUGGCAGGGUACUGGCUCUCUGACAGGGGAGACCGUUUGUUAGACAGCUUCCUCAAGACUUAAACAUUUCAAGUGGCACUGCUCGGCGAGGCUUUAAACAAUCACUGCUCAGACAAAGCAGGUGAAUCUUGCGCAUUUACUGUACUUGCAUUAUGGACAAUAUAAGUCAGUGAUAUAAAGUUGUGGCCUGAAAGGUAUUUAUCAGUGUCACUUCUCUAUAUGUAACAGAAAGUAUCAUGGCAAUAUUUUAACAAUGGCUGUACCACCAUGAAAUAAUACCAAACUCCAGAGUUGUAUGAUUAUGCUUUAGGACAGACUUUGUGAAUGUCAGUGUACAGAAAGCAAAAUCCCUUCUUUCAUAUUUGAAGCCUUUUAAUGACACUCAGGUUUUAGAUGAAGACACCCAGAAGUGACAAAUCAAAUGUACCUGCAGCUUCUUUCUUUGCUGACAGUGUUAUAUUAUUAUAUUAUAUUUUUAAGUGAAGGAUUGAAAAUGAUUCAUUUUCUCACAGUUUUUAGACGUAGCAGAGCAAAAGGAGUAUAGACAUUUAUUCCUGACAUUGUAAAUAGUAUUUCAACAAAGCUAAAUUCAAGGCCUAUUUACCAGCUUUGUCUGAAGCAUGGCAACUGUAUUUCACUGUGGUUUUCUUUUUUUGUCGUCACAAACUGCAAGAUGCAGACUGCAAGAUGCAGUUAAAUGUUUAUCGGUUAAAGAGUAAGAAAAAGACUUUUGUACGAUUGUCCGGCUGUUAUAUUUUCCUGUACGGAGCUGGAAGUUUUCAAGUAGCGACCUUGUUCUGGUAUUUGGAGCCACAAACAAACAGUGUUGUCAGUUGUAUUUUGAUGAAAGAAAAAUGUACAGCUUGCUUGAAUGUUUGUGCAGAAACUGUGUUUUAGAUUUGCUUCUUCUACUGUAUCAAUGACACUAAUUGCACUCUCUAAAUAUAAAGUUGCAUCAUGUAAAAUGUAGCAUAUGUUUAGCAUAGUUUUCUCCAUGUGCAAAUUUGUCUUUAGAAUAUAAAUCACUGAAAUAAAUAUGUUCUUUGAU